AUGAAGAUCCCCAGCCAGCAGGCUCUGCUUGCUCUUCCACUGCUCGCAUCAUCCGCCCAAAGCCAGCCAACAAAGCACCCGAGAUGUUCCGCCGGCGACUCCUGCUGGCCAAAGGAACACGUCUGGAACGAAUUCAAUUCCACCAUCUCCGGCCGUUUGAUACGCUCGUUCCCGUCGGCUGCCGUCUGCCAUGAUGCGCAAUAUGAUGCAGCUGCAUGUACGGUCGCGAAGGACAGCUGGACCAACAGUUUCUGGCGGACAAACCAGACGGGAGCCUACUCUGCCAUUUUAUGGGAACUUGGAGAAAAGGGGCAAUGCUUUAUCAAUUCUCCCAAGGAGGCGAAGUGUGAUCAGGGGUUGGUUCCAUAUUACUCCGUCUCUGCGAGCGGUGUAAAGGAUAUCCAGAAGGCAGUCAAAUUCGCCGACAAGCACGAUCUAUACCUUGUGGUGAAAAAUACGGGACAUGACCACCUUGGUCGGUCAAGCGGGAAAGGAGCCUUUUCCAUAUGGACUCAUAACUUGAAGGGCAAGAAGUGGCACAAGUCUUUCAAGCCCAAGGAUGCUCCAUCUAGUGUUCAUGGCAUUCCUGCCGUGACGCUGCAAGCAGGAGAACAGUUGCUAGACGUUUACAAGGCAGCAGCUGCAGAAGGUGUCACGUUUGUUGGCGGUUCUGCGCAAACUGUUGGAGCUGCUGGUGGUUUCUUGACUGGCGGCGGAGUCAGCCCUUUCUCCCACUUUUAUGGCCUCGCUGUGGACAACGUACGUGAGGUCAACAUUGUUACUGCUUCUGGAGAAGCAAAGACGAUCAAUCACUAUACCGACCCGGACUAUUUCUUCGCCCUCCGCGGUGGAGGCGGUAACGCAUGGGGUGUAAUUACCUCGGUGACGUACAAAACGCACCCUAAACCCACUAACAUCGCGGUUGGAAUCGUCCAGCUUAAUGUGACCACCGAAGAUGCACGACGUGUGGUCCUUGAGAAGUCUCUGCAAGCCAUCCCUGACAUCGCCGAAGCCGGAUGGGUUGGAUACGGCGUCACCUCUGCUCAAAAGAACGUAACCACGCCAUUCCAAGCAAUCUUUCUCCAGCCGAACGCAUCUAUGGCAACGUUUAACAAGACGUUUGAGGCCAUGAACAAGAUUGCCUCUUUGCCCGGUGUCAAGGGUGGUGUUGCCCCCUUGAAUUUCCCCGAUUUCCUGGAAUAUUCUAAACUGUUCCUUCAAGACCCCAAUAUCGCCACUAAUAUCAUCGAUGGGUCGAGGCUUGUGAAUCGACGUGCUCUUACAGAGUGUGCUAGUGACCUCGUCGAUCUCAUGUAUGAGUAUCCGGCAUUCGAAGCAGGUUUUAACUCGAUUGUGCAAGUAAACUCCGACGAGCGCGACAACACCGCAGUCCACUCCUCGUUCAAGGAGAGUCGAGGUCUCCUGAGCUUUGGCGCUAACUGGGCCGACGAUGCUUCUGAGGAGGAAAAGAGAACAGCCAAGAAGACGUUGACAGAGGUCAUUCGUCGUUAUGCUGGGAUUGUUGGAGAAAAUACCGGCACGUAUCUCAACGAAGCGAACCCAUAUGAACAUGACUGGCAAAAUGUCUUCUGGGGAGACAAGUAUGCUCGUCUCCUCUCUAUCAAGAAGCGAAUCGAUCCGAAGAACCUGUUUGUCUGCAACCGAUGUGUCGGAACGGAUAUCAUUUUGGAGCCUUGA